AUGAAUGCUCGGGUUGCUGAUGUUUUCGUAAAUGGAGAAUGGAUUUGGCCAGUGAAUUGGAUAAAUCGUUUUCCGACUCUGCUUACUUUACCAAAUCCGGAGUUAUUACCGUCUAAUCAAGAUAAGCUGGUAUGGCUUACAUCUAGUGGACGAGAGCUGGAUUUUAGUACCUCUACGGCUUGGGAGGACUUGCGCCGUUCUCAACAGGGGGUGCAACGGUCGAGUUUGGUUUGGUUCCCUCAGGCUAUUCCUCGACAUUCCUUUCUCGUGUGGCUUAUUGUGCUUAAAAAGUUGAAAACUCAAGAUGUGAUGAGUAGAUGGAAUUCGGUUCGAGGUAAAGCGGGUAUGGAUAUGAUUCAGAGUACAUGGACCGAUAUUUUUGAGUAUUUGGUUGAGGUAGCUAAGUCAAACAUGGCUGAACAUAUCAUUGCGAAACUCGUAGUUGGUGUAACAGCUUAUUUUGUUUGGGAGGAGCGAAACAGAAGGCUCUUCACUGACAAGAGGAGGAACAAAGAUCAACUGGUAGAGAUUGUGUUAUCCACGGUUCGAAUGAAACUGCACACGAUGAGGUUCAAGAGUUCAUUUCACAUGACUCGAGUGUUGCAGGAUUGGAGUCUUCCGAUAGGGCUUUUGGUGGCGGAUGAUGACUGCGGCUAA